UGAAACAAUUCCUUGAAAUGUCAAAGUACAAGAAGUAAGAAAUAAUGUUCUGGUUGACUAAAGUAUCAAGCCAAUUGAAGUAAUUGAGUUUUUCAAGUAAGUGAGCAAAAUUUCAAAUAAAAACCAUGGCCAGCCGUGGUAACGUGUGUAUCCAGAUGUGUGAGUCUAUGUACCAGCUCCCAUCCCGGGUUGCCUGCUUUGUGCUGGUUCUCAUUCAGGGAGGGAUACUGGAUUAUUAUCUGGUGACCCACAAGAACGUCUACUGGUAUGGCUGGAUUGGAGCUGACGUUGCCAUUGGGUUUGUCCUGUUUGUGGCGUUUAUGAUAUCUUACCGACAUUUGAAGUACAUCAGGAAGUGCAGCACCAGUAAUCGACCAAUCCAGGCAGGAAGUCUCCCUCUAGGCUACUUCGCUUGGUUUAUUUACUCCUUAGCUCUUGCUGGAAGGGUUGGGAUUAUUUUUAAUGACUUUGCCUGGGAACUGAAAGAAGAAGAUGUUUUUGGGCCGAAUACAUUAAAAAUCACGAUAUCUCUAGCUGCCAUAAUAUUUUUGUUGUUAUUGAUGAGUCAUCACGAUGCGGAGUGUAACUCAGAGCGCCGCCACUACAUCGAGGAGAUGACCGCCACUGUUGUGUUUGAUAUUCUGGAUUCUGUAGAUGCCCUUGACAUUAUGUUUGAGAGAGAAGACAUUGAUGACCUGCCAAAUGGAAUGGGAUUAUGUAUAAUCAGUAUUUCCUGUUUAAACCUAAUUCUGCCUGUCCUGCCAUUGUGUUCGUUAAGCCGUAGUCACUUUGGACAUCAUGUCCGCCAGGAAUCUAUCAUCUUACUACACAAGCUUUCACUGGUUUUUGUGGUUAACCUGCCACUACUUGUGUUUAGGCUUGUUCUAUGGCAUGCUCUCAGUAAAGAAAUCUCCAUAUUCCCUGUGAAGAACGUGAUUGUGAUAUUUCUAGUUUUCCAAGAUCUGUAUGAGAGAAAUCGCCAAAAACUGAAGGCAAGAGAUGAGACUGACUCAACUGCCUCCCAAGAGAUGAAGCGAUUUCCUAUCCAGACAUGAGAGGAAUUCAACUGCCUCUCACAAGAUGAAGCGAUUUUCUGUCCAACCAUGAGAUGAAACAGACUCAACUGCCUGUCACGAGAUGAGGCAAUUUCCUGUCCAGACUUUGGAUGAAACUGGUAGAAAAGAUCUGAGAUUUAUUUGUAUUUUUUUGUGUUUUGUUGUAGUACACAUGUAUUAUGUAAUGAUGAAUGUAAAAUUUUUAAAGUGAUAGAAUUGUUCCUAUAUUUUGUUUGAAUAUAGAGUUGUAUUUAUCAUCAUGAAAGGUCAGCCAAAGAAAUGUUGUGAACUAGCUCACUUUGGAGUUUUUGACACUGUGUAAAAAUUGCAUAAUUUG